GUGCGCGCUCGGUCGCACGGCAGGCGUCCGUAACCGGACACGGUGGCGCGCGGGCUGCAGCGGACGGCAGACGGGGGAAGGUAGCCGCUGCGCAGACGCUGAAAACACGGGUCACCGGAUCGUGGAGCCAGUCAUGGGGGACCACCCAGUCAACCAUGUGAUGGUGCCGCUCUUUCUGCUGGAGGUGGUUGUCACAGGCUGUCUGGCCGUCAUCUUCUACUAUCUCAAGUACCUGGACAACUUCAAGGAGAAGCGGUACCCGCUGCCGUGCGCUGACGUCCAGUGGAUCUCCUAUCCCUACUACAACGACACUGACCGCCACCCGUUGUACCUCAACGACUCGGGCCUCUACUCAGCCAGCUUCUUCAUUCCAGUUGUCACGAUUGUCAUCGUUGAAAUCAUCCACUGGUUCUUCUACGAUGGGGAAAAGAAGGCCAUAACCACCAAUUGUCCUAACUGGACGUUCCAUUACUUUACCAGACGUCUCAUCCGCAUUACAGGUACGCUCCUGUUCGGGAUGCUGCUCACUAUGGUGCUCACCUUCACACUCAAGUACGUUUUCGUCGUUCCGCGGCCGCACUUUCUGCAAGCCUGCCAACCGAAUAGCAGCGCCAUCUCUGCCAUCUGCGGUGGCGACAUCUACACGGAACGUCUCUCCACGGCGGCCACGUUCACGCCGUCGUCCGUCACGUGCCUGGCGGGCGCGCACGCCGUGGACGCCGCGCUGCGCAGCUUUCCCUCAGAGCACGCGGCACUGCCGGUCUUCUGCGGCGUAUUCCUGGCGUGCUACCUGCACCAGAUGGUGUCGUUCCGGCGCCUAGUGACGGUGCGGCCGGCUCUGGUGACGCUGGCGCUGCUCGGUGGCCUGCUGCCCGGAAUCGGCAGCCUGCACUUGUUUCGCUGCCGCUGGUCUGACCUGCUCGCCGGAUACCUGCUCGGAGCCGCUGUAGCCUUCUACUUGACAGAGAUCACUCUGCGCCGGUUCGCGGUGGCAGAGCGUUCCCAGCCGCCGGCCACCCUGCUCAGCCUGUCGCAGCCGCUGAGCUCCGGCGUGGCCAGGAGCGGUAUCAGCGACGACCCGGAGGAGAGGCUGUUCCAGUCGGCGGCGCUCGAAAGCGGAGGGCCGCUCGGUAUUCCGCGCGCCCGGCAGCCAGCCAGGGUUUUCGAAGCUGCAAACAAGACGUUCUUCCCGUAGUCUUCUGGCGGUUUUGUAUUUCAUUCCCACAACGGCCAGCAAGUUAAGCCGUGACGAGAUUAUCGAGGGAAGCAAAUGCAGCCAAGCUGACCAGUUUAGUGGAUCGCAGGACCACUUAUGGUGUUUGGUGCCGUCGAUUCGCAAAAAAACGGGCUCUUUAACGUUGGUUGCGUCAUACUUGCACAUUGAUACAUACUUUUUAUUGAUUUUUAGUGACAUUGGUGGCAUGUACCAUGUACUGCGCGUCCCUGUCAAAGUGUUACGUAACGUCACGUUGAGCUGAAAGUCCAAAGUAACGUUUUCAAGGGUAUCGCUUUCGAAAAGGCAAUGGAGCAAGCUUUCCAGCUUUAUGUGUUAUUCGCUACAAGUGUUAACUCUUCUUUGAGAUGAAACAUGGUUGAUUGUUCAUUUGUGGCUAUAUUUGUUAUUUGUGCUCGUUCCGCUCGUUGGUUUCCUAAAUCUCCCGACAAAUCUUGGGGAAUGGUCAGAUUCUACCGUGCGUUGUAAUGCCAGUGCCAGAGUUCUUAUACUAGUGUGG